UGAAAGAUGAUUAGAACGUAGUGCUUGAAAAAGUAAUUAUUAGUAUUAUUGUAUUUAAUAAAGUAAUCCCCCAAAUUGAAGAGAGGAGCUCUCUUCAAUAAUCCCAAGAGCUCCUCUUGAUCUUCAUCGUCUUCAUCAGUUAAUCACUUACUCCAUCCAGGUUCUUCGAUCCGACUAAUUACUAUAACUUCUAGUAGUAGUUGUUACUCAAUAAAGAAAUCAAAAAGAAAAGAGUAAAAGAAAUGUCGUCAGCUGGGCUUCCUAGAUCUUCGAGUGCUCCUUUGAAAGACGGCAUCCCUCCUAAAGAACUCCUCGACGAUCUCUGCAGUCGCUUUGUUCUGAAUGUGCCCAAAGAAGAUCAACAAUCAUUUGAAAGGAUCUUGUUUCUUGUGGAGUAUGCACAUUGGUUCUAUGAAGACAAUUCUGUAGAAAAUAAUCCAUCUUUGAAGUCAUUCACUCUUAAGGAAUUUACAUCUUUAAUGUUCAACAGUUGUGAUGUUCUAAAGCCUUAUGUCCCACAUAUAGAUGACAUAUUCAAAGAUUUCACAUCAUACAAGGUUCGAGUUCCUGUAACAGGGGCAAUUAUUUUGGAUCAAACAUACGAAAGGUGUGUACUAGUAAAAGGAUGGAAAGGAACAAGUUGGAGUUUUCCAAGAGGGAAAAAGAACAAAGAUGAGGAAGAUGAUGCUUGUGCUAUCAGAGAAGUUCUUGAAGAAACAGGAUUUAAUGUUUCAAAACUUAUUAACAAAGAUGAGUUCAUUGAAAUGACAUUUGGGCCCCAAAGGGUGCGACUUUACAUAGUUGGAGGUGUGAAAGAUGAUACAACAUUUGCCCCUCAAACCAAAAAAGAGAUCAGUGAAAUUGCAUGGCAGAGGCUUGAUGAACUUCAACCAGCAAAUCGAGAUGUAAUUUCACGAAGUGUAGCUGGUCUUAAGCUUUACAUGGUUGCUCCAUUUUUAAAAUCUUUGAGAUCAUGGAUUUCUUCACAUCAGCCUCCAAUUGCACCAAAACCAGAUACACCUGCUAGAGCAAUGAGUGUGUGGAAGGCAAGGGGGAGUUCUUCGGGGACCAAUUUAGUGAUGACAGAGACUCCAUCAAACAAUAACCCGGUUUCGGUUUCGGUUUCGGUUUCAAAUUCAUCAGAGAAGGUGGGCCCGGGUCGAAGCUUCAGGAGCUUUCAAUUCAAUAGUGGGCCCAUAUUGCAAGCGAUUGAAAGUGCCUUCUUGUGAAUUGGUUGGAUUAUUUUGUGCUAAAAUUGUUAAGGUGUAAAUUGCAAGGAGUAUGUAUAUUUUGUAUAGACUAUUAGUCUAUUAUGGGGAGUUUUAUUAGCAAACUUGCUUUAUGAAUGGAUAUGUUGUUUAGAUUCUGCUUUUAUAUGAACUCAAAAUAUGGUAAUGGUGGAA